AUGGCAGAUUUCAACCUCAGUGAUUCUGACCGUUCAUCAUUCAUCCUAAUGGGAAUCCCCAGCCUGGAAGCUGCUCACAUCUGGAUUUCCAUCCCUUUCUUUACGUUCUACACUAUUGGCCUGUUGGGAAAUUUCAUGGUUCUGUUUGUUGUAGGCAAAGAGCAGACCCUACAUGAACCAAUGUACCUGCUGCUUUGCAUGCUGGCACUCACAGAAAUUGGUGCAUCUACUUCCAUUGUGCCAAAGGCACUGUGUAUAUUUUGGUUCAAUUUGAAAGGAAUUACUUUAGGUGGCUGCCUCACCCAGAUGUUCUUCCUUCACGCGGGUUCUGUGACACAUUCAGCCGUCCUUGUGACAAUGGCCUUUGAUCGCUAUGUUGCCAUAUGUAAGCCCCUGAGAUAUGCCACCAUCUUCACAAAUGAACGAAUAGCUAAACUAGGGCUAGUGUGUUUGACAAGAGCUGUUCUCUUUGUUCUGCCCCUGCCUCUGCUCCUGAGCAGGCAGCCAUUCUGUGCCAACCGCAUUAUCCCCCAUACAUACUGCGACCAUAUGGCUGUGGCAAAGAUGUCAUGUGGGGACAUCACAGUGAAUAGGAUGUAUGGCUUGGUGAUAGUAUUUAUAGUCCUUGGGUUUGACCUGACACUCAUUGCCCUGUCCUAUGGUCUGAUAAUCAGGGCCGUCCUCAGAAUACCCUCCAAGAAAGCCCACCAGAAAGCCCUCAACACAUGCACAGCCCACAUCUGUGUGAUGCUGAUGGCUUAUCCUAUCUUCCUUUUCUCCACUCUGACAUACCGAUUUGGUCAGGGUAUUGCUCCCUACGUACACAUCAUCUUGGCCAAUCUGUAUUAUCUCCUCCUUCCCGUGCUCAACCCUAUUGUUUAUGGUGUCAAAACCAAAGAGCUUCGUGACAAAAUGCGCAAAUACAUCUGUGGAAUGUCAUCAACUGGGGCCAGUGACUCUGAACCUCUGUCACAAGCGGGAUAA